AGCGCCACGUUCGAGUGCACUGUGUCAGAGACCGAGACCACCGGACGCUGGGAGCUCGGAGGCCGCGUCCUGAGACCCGGAGGCCGCGUCCGCAUCCGACAGGAAGGGAAGAAACACAUUCUGGUGCUGAGCGAGCUGCGAGCCGAGGACACCGGUGAAGUCUGCUUCCAGGCGGGACCCGCCCAGUCUUUGGCUCGACUGGAGGUGGAGGCGUUGCCUCUCCAGAUGUGCCGCCGCCCACCUCGCGAGAAGACGGUUCUGGCUGGCCGCAGGGCGGUGUUGGAGGUGACUGUGUCCCGCCCUGGAGGCCACGUGUGUUGGUUGCGGGAGGGGGUCGAAUUGUGUUUGUGAAGCAAGUAUGAGAUGCGCAGCCACGGCCCCACCCACAGCCUGGUCAUCCAUGAUGUCCGACCUGAGGACCAGGGCACCUACAGCUGCCAGGCGGGCCAGGACAGUGCCGACACACAGCUGCUAGUAGAGGGUGAUUAGAGGACUGACCCAGACCAAGCGGGUACCCUCGGACAGUUUGGAAGGAGAUGUACCCUUAUACUGGGCAUGAUGGAAAGGAAGGAGCCAGAGAGAAUCAGGAAACAAUAAUAAAAAAAAAAAGCUACCAUUCA